CAAAACUCAAACGUGGUGGACUGACUAAUACGAACGAAUGGUUUAAGAAGAAAAUUCGAAAUAUUGUGAAAACGAAAGAAAAAAAAGAAAACGAGUGCAAAAGACGAUUAAACGAAAUCACGAAAAAAAAUACAUUUAAUGAAUGAGUUAAUAACAAGUAAAACAAGCGACAAAAAAGCCGAAAAUAAAACAAAAUAAUUUUAAAAAAGGAAAAGUUGCAUUUAAGGCAAAGAGUGAAGAGUGCGGUGAUGUGAAAAAUGGAAAAAAUACUACGCCACGUAAAAUCAUUUCUAAAAACAUUUAUAUGUUUCCUAGUUGCGUGCUGCCUGAUGCCUGUGGUGUUCAUGUCAUUUGUAUGUGUCCACUACAGUGAUGAAUUGGUUAAUUAUGUUCUUAGCAUUAAAUACCCAACACUCACCAUCUCCAAAUCGAAGAAAAUUCGUACUUUUAUCGAUACGCCACGCAAUGCGGGAAUAUUUCAUUUUCUUCUUCAAAUCAAAGGUCAGUGUAGCUUUGAUCAAAUAAAACGGUAUUAUGCCGAAAAGUUAACGGAUGCACGUAACAAAGCUGGUUACUUACGAUUUCCGAAAUUACGUCAAAAAUUGGUAACCUGUUGGGGCCACUACGCAUGGGUGAAUGAUAAUAGCUCCUUCAAUAUAAACAACCAUGUUGUACUUAGCGCACGAACGUAUCGUGGACGUCCGGUUAACGACAGUAACAUACAAGACUUCGUGAGUGAGCUGGCCACCAAAUAUAUACCAUCCGAUUUACCACAGUGGCAAGUUAUAAUUAUACCAACUUCGAGUUCAAUGGGUGCUCAAACGGAGGCUGUCACCGACACUGCUACACCAACGUCACAAAGCAUGGACGGCGAUCAGUACUAUGUGCUUGUGAAAGUACAUCAUUUAAUCAUAGCCGAGGAAGAGGAUCUGCAUAUAAGCGAAAUAUUAAUGUUGCAAGAGAAUGGACGCAAGCCCACCAUCAAUAUCGGUCACCCACUAGGCGCUGCCACAAAACCACAGGCGUUAUCCUCCUUCGUACGUGAACCCAUACACAUACGCCGUCUACUGAAUCACAUUACCGCACAGAUAGUGAACACUUGGAAUGCGUUUAUCUAUGAGUUUGAAUCGCUCGAAACACCCGACGGUUACAGGCCCGUGCACAUCACUAAUGUUACGCAGUUGUUGUCUGUAUUGCUGAUUGUCGCUGUGAACGUGUGCAUCGAUUAUUGGCGUACAAUGCAACUGCGACAAAAGCUGCGUCGACGUUACAAUGUGCAUAAGGACAACUAUGGACGUUUGAAGAUAUUCACAGCACUAUUAAUGAAGGAAAUCGAUCGGCGCAACCUCUCAUGGCCCACAGCGUGGAUGGCGAUACGCACAUCAUGGCAUCCGACAAAUAUAGCUAAAACGUGGACGAAGUUUUUGUGGCGUGUGAACAUCAACAACACGGUACUGCUGCCUUAUCGCAUCUACUGCGAGCUGAUGGCCAUUCGAGAGCUCAUUUUCAAAGGUCAGACACACCUGACACAUACGCAUAUCGGACGCAUUUCUAUAUAUUUGCCCUUGUUGUUAUAUGCGCAAAUAGAAUUCUUUAAAAUAUGUUAUGAAAUCUUCAAGGCUCCCGUCAAUAUCUAUGAAGAGCUCUUCGUUAAGCCCUCUAAGGAAGCAAAUAUUUUGCAGUUGAAAUCCUAUUCGGGCCGCAAAAUCGUUUCAUUCUCUAAGCCCAUAAACGCCGCCGAAAUGCGUCAGCGCCAGAGGUUCGACGCACAUGCGCACGAGUCGGAUUUCGUGCUGGCAUGUUUAGCUGGCGCAUUGCGUGAUUAUUUCGCCAUGCACCACAAUGCGGCACCAGUGCCAAAAGUACUCAACACCACCUGUCGCACCAUUGCCAAGGGUUACUUCACCGAAAAUACUGGCAAUAAAGCGGAACAUAUUGGCGGUGUGGUCUUUCUGCAAUUGCCCAUGAAGUCGCCUGGCCUUGAGCUGGUUCAGCAUAUGCAUACCAUUGUCGAAGACAUACGAGCCAAACAGAUCAUGAUUUACUUAGCGUCAAUGGGUCAGACACGUUUCGAUUUGCUGACGGCUUUGGUGCCACGCGUGCUGACCAAAGUUUGUUUGAAUUUCUUCUCACACAAUUUUCCCGUCACUAUAACUGAGAUACAUGGUGCCACAUCGGACUUCCGAACUCUUUGGAGUCAUACGGUCGAGGAUGUAUUGCUUUUUAGACCGCCGCAAUCGAAAACUUGUUUAUCUUUGAAUAUUCAUCGUUUCGGUGAUCGAUAUCGUUUAGCCAUAAUGGCCGACACGCAGCUAGGCCCAGAUCACUCACAAAUAUCGCGUGCUUUUGAGAAUUAUAUCGAGAAUGUUGUAAUUUGAGAAGAAUUGACCAAAAGAUUGAAACUCUGUGAUUACGUAAUUUUGUAAUAAAAAUGGUGUAACCAAAAGAAAAUACCAAUUUCAUUUU